AUGAGUCGAGAAGGUGGGUACGUGGUGCCGGCGGAUCCUCCAAAGAAAAAGGGAGCCGGCUUACGGAGCUGGAUCCUUAUGGACUCUUCAGGCGAGGAGAUCAUCCUGGACGUUGACAAGUACGCGAUCAUGCACAGAGUGCAAAUCCACGCGCGUGAUCUUCGAAUUCUUGAUCCCCUCUUGUCUUACCCUUCUACCAUUCUUGGCCGUGAGAGAGCUAUUGUCCUCAAUUUAGAGCAUAUCAAGGCUAUAAUUACUGCCGAAGAGGUGCUGCUUCGUGAUCCAUCCGAUGAUAAUGUUACUCCAGUUAUAGAAGAACUACGAAGGCGGCUGAAACCAGUAAUUGCUAAUCGUGAAGAUCUCGAAGAUGGCAAGGAGUUUGUGGUGCAGCAUGAUGUCGAAGCGGGUGAAGAAGAUGACUCUCCUUUUGAGUUUCAGGCUCUGGAGGUGGCAUUGGAAGCCAUCUGUAGUUUUCUUUCUGCCCGCACUAUAGAAUUGGAGACUGCUGUUUAUCCAGCUUUAGAUAUGCUUACAUCAAAGAUUAGUAGCCGCAACUUAGACAGAGUUCGCAAAUUAAAGAGUCAAAUGACGAGGUUAACUGCCCGUGUGCAAAAGGUGAGGGAUGAGCUGGAACAACUUUUGGAUGAUGAUGAUGAUAUGGCAGACCUUUACCUUUCUAGAAAGUUGGUCAGUGCAUCACCUGUUAGUGGCUCGGGUGCUGCCAGUUGGUUCCUUGGAUCACCAACCAUAGGCUCGAAGAUAUCUAGAGCCAGUAGGGCAAGUAUAGCAACAGUUCGUGGAGAUGAGAAUGAUGUUGAGGAACUUGAGAUGUUACUUGAGGCAUACUUCAUGCAAAUUGAUGGCACUCUGAACAAAUUAACUACACUGCGUGAAUAUAUUGAUAACACGGAAGACUACAUCAACAUUCAGCUGGACAAUCAUCGAAAUCAACUGAUUCAGUUGGAGCUCUUUCUCAGUUCCGGAACUGUAUGUUUAUCUAUCUAUUCUUUGGUAGCUGGCAUAUUUGGCAUGAACAUUCCGUAUACUUGGAAUGAUGAUCAUGGGUACAUGUUUAAAUGGGUGGUAAUCUUCUCUGGGGCAUUGUGUGCCAUCCUUUUUGUACUCAUCGUUUCUUAUGCUCGCUGCAAAGGGCUUGUUGGAUCUUGA